AUGCUUUCUUUUUCUUUCCAUUGCUUCUGCUGUUUGUCUUUCUUUCUUUCUUUCUUUCUGUCGGUUGCUUUCUUUCCUUUGAUUACAAGGCCAUUUUUUUUUUCCAUUGUCUCUGCUGUAUUUCUUUCUUUCAGUCAUUUUUCUUUCUUUCUUUUGCUUUCUUGUUUGCUUUCUUUUGAUUACAAGGCCUUUUCCUCUCUCAUUCUUUUCUUUCCAUUGCCGCUGCUGUCUUUUUUCUUUCUUUCUUUCUUUCUUUCUUUCUUUCUUUUCUUUCUUUCUUUCUUUCUUUCCUUCUUUCUUUUUUUCUUUCUUUUUUUUUCUUUCCUUUUGAUUACAAGGCCUUUUUCACUUCCCCUUCUUUUUUCAGUGUUUUGUCUUUGCCCCUUCCUUCGCCUCUCCUUCCUUUCUUUCUUUCUUUCUUUCUUUCUUUCUUUUUUCUUUCUUUUCCUUUUGAUUACAAGGCCUUCUUCACUUCCCCUUCUUUUUUUCAGUGUUUUGUCUCUGCCGUCUUUUUUAUUUCUCUUUUUUUUCUUGAUUAUGAGCCUUCUUUCGCCUCUCCUUUCUUUCUUUCUUUCUUUUGUUAUUUUAUCGCGUAAUAUUUUCUUCUGA